UCACGUUCCGACUUUCACAGGAGCUUUGGCAUACUUUCGCUUAGCUAGGUUGCUAUCCAAACAAAUUACGGUACAAAAGUAUUUUAACAGUCAAUUUCUUCAAAUGCUAUGUAGCUAAUGAUUUGGAAACGCCAAUGUAUUAGAUAUGUCUGGCUCAGCUAAAAAGGGGACCAGUAAAUUGGUCACUCCAUCAAAUUCAAAGAAAUCACUGUCUACCAGGCAGUCAUCAUUUACGUCAAAACCAGGAAUUUCUUUGAUACAGAAGGCUGAAGCAAAGGGUUCUCAUAUUGGUGUGAAGAGCAAUGAAAACAAAAAAGAUAGGAAAUCUGUGCCAGUCAAUGGGGAAGGUGUACAGAAAGAAAGACCCCAGUAUGACACGGAUGUCACCAAGAACUUUAACGACAUGAUAGACGGAGACCUGUCCAAUGUGCCUGCACUUCCCAAGUCCAUGGUCCGCAUCUUCCUUAGUUCAACUUUCUCAGAUUUUCGUGCUGAGAGAAACACGCUGGCUCGUGAGGUAUACCCAUAUCUGCGUGACUACUGCACUGCUCGAGACCUGGACUUCCAGGUGGUGGACAUGCGGUGGGGCGUGACAGAGGACAGCCAGAACGACCAUUCCGUGGAGAAACUGUGCCUGCUCGAGGUGGACAACUGCCAGAAAUCAUCUCUCGGGCCGAACUUUAUUGUAUUGUCUGGUGACAGAUAUGGUUUCCGCCCAAUCCCAGUUGAGUUGGAUGUGAAACAAUUUGAGGUUUUGCGAUUCGAGGCCACAAAACUUGAUCUGAAGGAUCGAGCACUACUUGAUGAAUGGUACAAACUGGACGAGAAUGCAGUGCCAAGCAUUUAUUUGCUACAGCCCAUCCGGUCCAAGUUUACAUUCUAUGCUGACUUUUCUCCUGGAUGCAGUGAGGUUCGCAAGAGGGACACUGAAGAGUGGAACAAGACAUAUGAGGCCCUCCAAGGGGUUCUCAGAAAGGCAGCCCUUGAAGUUUUUAAACAGAAUAAAAUCUCAUCACAGCAAAAAGAGCAGUUCUUUAUAUCAGUCACUGAGUGUGAAAUUCAAGAUGGCAUUCUUAAUGCCAGUGAUGUCAACUCCCAUUGUUUAGUGUACAAAAGGCAGUUCAAUGGUGUGGAUGACAAAGCUCUUGCCGAUGCUCAGGCCUCUAGAUUCAUGGAGAUAAAAACUACUGACAAGGGUCCUGCCAUUGACGGGGAGGUACAAACUCUGCGUACAGAUCUGUUUGAGAAGAAAAUCAAAAGCAAACUGAAAGACUCCAACAUCCACACGUACACCCUAGCAUGGACUCCCCAGGGGGUCAGUCCUGAACAGUCCACACAACAUAAGGACUAUCUUGCAAGGUUCUGCAAGGAUUUCAUCAAAGACUGCACACACCUGAUUGAUAUCGCGUGGCAAGAAGUGUCCCAGAUUCCCAUAAAGUUGUCUAACUACUACUCGGAUUAUGUUGAAACUAUUCACCAUCUGAGUUUCUGCAACAUGAAAUGUGAAUCAUUCGCUGGACAGGAAGAAGUGUUGGACAAAGCAAGGGCAUACAUCCUGAACGACUUCAUCAAAACCCCGCUGAUCAUCCACGCUGAGUCUGGGGUGGGUAAGACCUCCAUCAUGGCCAUGAUUAUGAAGAGCAUUCCAAAGUGGCUUAAGGAUAAGUCCCACACAAGGCUGAUUAGAUUUCUUGGCACUUCUCCCAACACCCUCAACAUUUUUGAUGUCCUGUUCAGUGUUCUUGGUCAAGUGUCAGACUCCUAUGACAUGAUAAUUCCGCCGCUGAAUUACAAGAGCAUGGCUGCACUCCAGGCAUUCAUUCCCCGCUAUUUGAGGCAAAUCGCAACCACAGCUAAAGAGCCUGUGAUCAUCUUAUUGGACUCUAUAGACCAACUGACGGCCCAAAAUGAUGCCUACCUGAUGAAAUGGCUGCCGACAAUGGUACCUCAGAACGUAAAGCUGAUAGUUUCCAUGCUACCCAAUGAGCAUGACAUUUUGCAGAACUGCAAGAAACUACUUCCCAACUCUGAAUGCUAUGUGGAGGUGCCAAUGCUUCCAGAAAGGACAGGCCAAGAGAUCAUGAAAAUGUAUCUCAGUAAAAGGAAGAGGAAAAUCACAGACAAGCAGAUGACUCUGCUGUUGUCAGUGUUCAGAGAGGCCCCAAGUCCACUGUUUUUGAAACUCUUGCUGGAUGAAGCGCGAGUGUGGAAGUCUUACACUCCCAUGGAGGACAUCGUCCUCUCUCCCAGCGUCAAACAGGCCAUCAAUAAGCUGUUUGAAAAGCUGGAGAAAAAGUUUGGUGUCAUACUGGUCAGUCAUGCCUUGGGGUACAUCACUGUUGGAUUGGCUGGCCUCACUGAAUUUGAAAUUGAGGAUGUUCUUUCAUGUGAUGAUGAUGUCCUGAAUGAUGUGUACAGGUACCAUGAUCCCCCCGUUCCUGGGAUUGUAAGAAUUCCUCCUGUAUUGUGGGCACGAAUUCGGUACGACAUUAAGGAAUAUAUCGUGGAGAGAAUGUCCUAUGGCAGGACCACUCUUAACUGGUACCAUCGACAGUUCAUUGAGACAGCGAGUGAGAGAUAUACCAGUGAUGGAAAAGACAUUGCCUUGCACAGGAAUUUGGCAUUACUUUUCCUCCAGGAACAUGGAUUGAAAAGGACUGUUAUAUUGAAGAACAGAAAUAAUCUGGAAAUUUCUGAUGCUGACAGACAGGUCACACCGCAGCCAUUUACACCCAAAAAUUGCAGAAAACUUGCGUGUUUACCUUACCAUGCCAGCAAAGCAUUCAGCACCCUUGGGAGAGAGUUUGUGAAGACAAAUAUCCUCUGUAACUUCCAGUAUCUAUGCAUGAGAAUUGCAGCGUUUUCUGUGCCCUCAGUCCUUCAGGAUCUUAAUGAAUUCCUCAACAAAACAGAUGAUGAUGAAGUGCUGCUUUUACAGCAGUUCCUGCAAGUAUCAAAAGAAAAUCUCACCCAACCCGUCCGUAUGGCUUUCAGCAUAUUGAGCAGCCUGAAUCCACAGAGCAACAUGGCAUGCUUAAACAAACUGGUAGAUGAUGCUAAGGCGUUUCUAGAGUCUCAAACUGUGCCGUUACUCAUUCCCAGCUUUCCCUGCUUGGCCCCCAGACGCGAUGCCUCCAGUGCCGUGCUGGCCUCUGUCAGUGAUGUCACAGAGAUUCUCGACUACUGCUCUGACAGUGUACUUCUCAAGGUUCGGGUUUCCGAAGACCAAAAGGAGUACAGGUCUCCUUAUGUCCUAUUCAACACUGCCACACAAGAAUCUGAUUACUUGGGCAUUGUUAAUGGUAAGGACAUUGGUAGUCAGCUGUACUACAACGGCAAUCAUGUGUUUUAUGGAACGAGCAGUGCUGUUGUGUGUUUCAAUGCAAAAACCAAGUCAACAGAUGAAUGUCCAUUUAAAGAAAUUGUUUCAGAUUGGUCUGAGUCUCAGAUCCCUGUUUUCUUGGCUUUCAACAAAGAAAACAAUUAUGGAGCCGUUAUGUUCCCAGAUAUCAUUAUAGUUAUCAGCAUUCCAAGCUUGACAUUUUCUCAGUCAUUUGUGACAGGAAAAAUGCUGACAAGGUUCAAGUCUUGUCUGAUACUGAACGAUAGCAAGAUUAUAGCUAUAGGAGUGCAGGAGAAUUCAAGUGCUGUUGAUUCUCAGGGUCCAGAGAACCAACAUUUCAUCUGCUUGUUUAAUUUUGGAAAAAGAGAACCCAUAGCUAGCUACUUUACUGACAAACAGAUGGAUUUAAUGAUGCAAGCAUUUGCAGGUUCGGAGGAGACAUACGCUAUUGCUGUUAAAACUCAACGAAAUAAUGAUGAACAAGGUCCAGAUGGAAGGGCUGCUAGUGGAUUUAAAACAGAGAUUUUAUUAUUUGACGCUGGAAAUUUAAAACAACUCAAGUCAUUUGAAUUUGACGGUGAAGUUCUUCAAAUUGAAGGUAACCCAAUGAAAUCAGAGUUCAAGGUGCUGACGACUGAUGGAUUCAUGCGUUCACUUAAUCGAUCGAAUGAGACAAAGUUUCCAGUGAAGUCCUCAGUUAAGAUGUUCACCACCCUGUGGGAGAAAGGACUCGUGCUUCUCUGUUCAGGCCAGGGAAUGAUCAACCUCUGUAACUCAGAUGGUCAGUUAGUCGGAGUGUUUCCUGCAUAUUCUGUUGCUAUCAAAAACAUCAAGAUCAAUGACCAGUUGGUCACCCUCAGCAGUAAUUGUGAGCUGAAGUUGUGGUCGGUAGAUGCUUUGAUGAGUGUUGUCAAGCAGGCCGAGGACACUGCCAGUAAUGAGUCAGCCUCUCUUUUAGGGCAGCUGGAUGUUACAGCCAUGGAGGUUUCUCUGGAUGACAAGCUUAUCUUUAUUUGUAAGGAAGAUAACACCAUGCAGAUCUGGGACAGUGAAGCUUUCCAGUUGCGUUCAAAGUUUCAGAUGGGCCUCACUGGAAGUCUGUUGCAUCCACUUAACAACAGUAUCAUAGUACACGACACAACCCUCGGAAAAUUGAAGGUGUUUGAUUUAACUGGCAAAUGUUUGUUUGAACCACCUACCUCUGUUCAGAAUGUCAUGUUCUCAGAGUUAAAUUCUUCUAGAAAGACUCUGUACUUGAUUAGUGCAAUUAAGAAAGGCAAGGAACAAAUUGACGAGAUUAACAUGGAUCUAAUGCAGUAUGUGAAGUGUAUCAAGUUUCAGCAGUCUCUCACGUAUGAAAGCUUGGACUUCAAACUAUCGGAGGGGGACAGGUAUCUGAUCAUUCGUUCAAAGAUUUCAGAGCAGGAAUUUGACUCAUUCAAAGCCACGUGGAAGAAGGGUUGGUGGGGAGAGCAGAACUGCAGGUUCAAGUUCCAUGCUGUUGACCUGAAGCAAGGCAAUGGGGCCCUUGUUCCCUGUCUGAGAAUCCUUUCCAAGAUCCCAACACUCGGUAUAGGAUACCUGCCUAUGGGACCAUCAACAGUGUUGAUUACUACAAGAAGGUGGGUGGUGUUCUGGGACAUCCCGACGGGCAAGUGUGACCAGCGCAUGUGCAAGGAGACCAAGGAGCCCAUGUUCUACCUGCCCACUUGGUGUGGGGGCGACCAGUGCACGGGCCAGACCAGCGUCAUGGAGACCGAUACCCAGAGGUCCCUUCUUGCAGUGGGCUCAGAUGACGGGUAUGUCAUGGUGUACAAUGUCGCCACUGGCGUACCUGCUGACAAGAAGAAACCUGCCACCAAACAUACUGGAAAGGUCCAGAAGAUUGCCAUAUCUCUGAAUGGCAAGUGGCUGGCGUCAGCCUGCUCAGACAACGUGCUCAAGCUGUGGGACCUGGGCACCUACAGGGAGCUAUUCUCGGUGGGCCUGGAUGCUAGUGUCCAGCGCCUGGCCUUCAACUCAGCCUCCACCAGGCUCCUCCUGUACACCGGGCACGAGACCACCAGGAUCAUGGUGUUUGAUGGGAUACGGACAAAUCCCCUCCCGGACAAAAACCCUCCUGUUCUUUUCAUAGGGGAUGGACAGGGGGUGAAAAAAAAGAAGAAAAUCCUCCCAUAAAAAAACGGGGCCAGACAAAAACCCUCCCGUGAAAGGAAUUAAACACCAACAAGUGUAAUUGUUUCACACAGUGUUGCAUUCAUUAAUCCAAAAAAAUUACCCAUUGUGUGUAUUGUGUUUUCAGGGGGUGAAAUUGAAAGAAGAAAAUGUGUAUCGAUUAACUGUAUACAUACCGCUUUUCUAAUGUGCAUAUAUAUCCGAUAGUCCAAUAUAAUUACAACAUCAAUUAAAACAUAAAAUGAGGCCAUUUAUAGACAAGUGAAUUUAAAUUUAGAUUGAAUGCAAUACGAUACAGAGCAACGUUUAAUCGCGUCAUAUGCACAUUCAUGCAAAAAAUUUGCUUUCCGGGAACCUCGGAAAACCUUGCGAAAAUGAAAUUCUGUUUACAACUAAAAAUGCGUUUGCAUGUAACUAAUUUGUCUGAAUUACUUAUUUAAUUUAUCUUUGACUGUAACGUUUUCAAUUGCAUUUUUGCAGACAAUAUUUAAAUGCAUAUUGUCAAAUCUGUCAAUGAUUCAAAAGAUCAAUAGCACAUACAGCAUUACCGCUAGUCACUAACGGUUAUUCAGGCCCAAUAAUCAGCUAAUCAUAACAAUGAACUAGUUAAUGGCAUACAAUAAUAUAUAUCAAAAUAUCAAACUGUUAAUAUGCAACUGCGGACGAAAACCAUCCCGUGAAAGCAAUUAAAUACCAACAAAUGUAAUUGCUUCACACAGUGUUGCAUUCAUUAAUCAAAAAAAUUUACUCAAAAUAGCAAACUGUUAAUCUGGAACUACUUUUAGUUUCAAAUUAGUUUAAUCACAGAAUCAAUUAAAAGCAAUUAAACACCGACAAAUGUAUUUGCUUCACACAAUAUUGCAUUCAUUUAUCCGAAAAAUAAAAACCUCAGUUCAAACACAUAUAAAUUACGUCAAAUGGGUGGAAAAUAACAACAACAUUUUCAAUUCGGAAAUAUUUAAAUUAGUCAAGAUAUAGUGUAAUAUGACCUACUGAAGUGAAGUAAAUAUUAAACAAAAUAAUUAUCUCGGAUAACCGACAACAAAAGACAAUGUCGGAAAUGAAGUUCGGAAAUGACCGAUUUCGGAUUAAAAAUGUAUAAAUAAUCAUUGGUACUUGACUUCGUGGCUCAGAUUUCACGGAAGGGUUUUUGUCCGCCCCCGUUUUUUCAUGGGAGGGUUUUCGUCCAGCCCCGUUUUUUCAUGGGAGGGUUUUUGUCCGGCUCCUAUAAAACUGACUGGAGGGUUUUAUCUGGGAGGGGUUUUGUCCGGCAUUCGUGUUUGAUGUGUUCCCAGGAAAGAGCUAGGGCUGAAAGGAUUUUGGAGGAGGGGGGGGGGCUGGAAGUAGGGUUAGGAGUGUAGGGUUUAGUAUUGGGGCAUAGUCAUAACAAAUAAAUUUGUUGUGAUUUUGGCGCGACAUAACUGCAAAUACUAGUAGUCAUGUUCAGUACAUAUCAUCAUUAUAAUUGUUGUGUAUUAUUGUCUGUUACAUACAUGUUAUUGUAAAGGUCGAAUCUUUAAUGCAAGAACAAUACAAUUGCUGACACAAUUGCGAGUUGGAACAAGUGAGGGGGAAUCUAGUUGAUCCAAUAAGGACAUGAAACCAGUAUGAUCAGGUCCUCAAUGUUCCCAGGAAAUAUCUAUGGGGUGAAACUAAAAGGGUGUGGAAUUCUUUGAACUUAAGCGUUUCAUAAAAAGAACUUUUGUUUAUCAUCAUUGGCACCUUUUUCAUAAAAUGAUAAAUCUUUUCUGUCGUUUAAUGUAGAAAGAUUGUUUGUUGGAUACUCACACACCGGUAUCUGUGUGUCUAUUUGACGACAGUCUCAACUGUGAAAUGCUCUAUAAAUACACAUUAAUAGCUGCUCUAGAAUGUUUACAUAGAAUUGCACAAUAAUAAAUCUGUCCCUAUAAGGCCGGUGUUAGUUUAUCUUUAACUGUGUAGCUGUUUCCUUGUAUCCACUGUACUGUGAUAUUUUUGCUUUGUAUUUUGAUUUCUGUGAUCUAAUGUCUGCACACUCAUUUGUAUUAUUAGAUAGACAGGGUUGUUUUUAUAUUGUAUUUGUUAUUUCAACAUAUGUUUCAUGUAUGAAUGUACUGUACAUAUUGUUGUUAUUUACUCACUUUUGUUGUUUUUUUCAAAAUGGUUUAUGGACUAAAGCACAAAAACUUUUACUCUAUGUUUUGUUCUCAAGGACUAUUAAUCAGAACAUGUCUUAGAUGUUGUGUUCAAUUCUAUUUCAUCUCUGCUCAACUUUGGAAUGAAUUGCCAAAUUUUGUUAUACACUGUUAUUAUAAUAUUUAUUAUUAUGUGUUCCAGUUUUAAAUCACACUUUUCAAUUUAUCCUUAUUUAAGACAAGAUGAGAUAUAUACUUUAUGGAGUGUUUACACUUACAGAUAGAUGUAAAUAUGCCUCAUUACCUGUACUGUUACAUUUUCAAGAGCUUUUUCAUCUUUUUUAUCAUUGUUUAUUUUCAAGAACAUGGAAAAAUAAUAUGAAGUCUAGAAUUUCUACUGGCGUUUUGUUUAUUUAACUGUAAUCCUAUUCACAAAAAGAUACAUGAACAGUUUUAAUUCUAGUUGAUGUGUAUGUAAUGUACAUUUAAAAUAUCAACAAAUUUAUGCUGUGGUUUUAAAGGUUAUAUAUACCUUAGAAAUCUACAGUUUGUAUUUGUUUGGGUGGUGUUUGUGUUAACCUUUCUUUGAAAUACACAUUGUUUUCUACACGCCAAUAUUUGAGCUGAGAUGUUGUUUGAAUUGAGCCUUUUUCUUUUUUGAAAACCGGGCUUAAUGGAUAUGCAGUCAGCAAUGCUUUUAUUGUAUUUUUGUGUAAAGAAAGUCGCUUAGCGAAAAUCAUCCCUGAUAGGCAUGUUCAGACUGUACUGGCUACUCAGGCAUGUUCAGACUGUACUGGCUACUCAGGCAUGUUCAGACUGUACUGGCUACUCAGGCAUGUUCAGACUGUACUGGCUACUCAGGCAUGUUCAGACUGUACUGGCUACUCAGGCAUGUACAGACUGUACUGGCUACUCUGAGAGGACCUGAUAGGCAUGUUCAGACUGUACUGGCUACUCAGGCAUGUUCAGACUGUACUGGCUACUCAGGCAUGUUCAGACUGUACAGGCUACUCAGGCAUGUUCAGACUGUACUGGCUACUCAGGCAUGUUCAGACUGUACUGGCUACUCAGGCAUGUUCAGACUGUACUGGCUACUCAGGCAUGUUCAGACUGUACUGGCUACUCAGGCAUGUUCAGACUGUACUGGCUACUCAGGCAUGUUCAGACUGUACUGGCUACUCAGGCAUGUACAGACUGUACUGGCUACUCAGGCAUGUUCAGACUGUACUGGCUACUCAGGCAUGUUCAGACUGUACUGGCUACUCUGAGAGGACCUGAUAGGCAUGUUCAGACUGUACUGGCUACUCUGAGAGGACCUUUAAGGCCCAUGCGUUAAGCCAUGUUUGCCCAGAAGCUCUUUAUUGCGCUCUAAAGAUGUUCCGCUUACAAGUGGUUUGUCAUUCUGUGUCAUCCACAUACUAAUGUUGAUAUGUAAUAUUAAUAAAAAGAAAUCACAAACCGAAACAAAAUAUUGCUUCAAUAUUUUUUUUAAGUUUUUUUUUCCUGUCCCUUUAUUCAUUUAUUUAUUUACUGUAUUUUCCUCCAAGAUUGUAUGGUCACUCAUUCGUUUAUUUUAUCAUUUUAUCUUUUAUUUCUUACCUACUGGUACAUACAAAUAUGUAUUUUUUAUCUUGAUGUAAUAUAAAAUGCAGUGUUACUAAUUUAUUAACUAUCAGUUUAGAAUAAAAUAUUAAAAAUGA